AUGGCAUCGCCUUUCUUUCUAAAUAUCAGCACCCACUCCCUCACCCCCGACCGACCAAACCUCCAGCCCUUCUACUAUUUCCACCCAGCCGCAGUUCCCCCGCAAUGGCGCCCCGUCUCUUCAUCCGCGGGUAUCAACCCCAACCAUCACCACCAGCAGGAGCAUCCCCAAACACAACCAAACCCCACCCUCCACCUCCUAACCUGGAACAUCGACUUCCAAGUCCCCUAUCCAGUCCAACGCAUGACCGCCGCCCUGCACCACCUCCACACCAUCCUCACCUCCCACAACAACACCACAACGACUAGCGCAACAGUAAUCCUCUUUCAAGAAAUGACCCCCUCCACCCUCGACGUAAUCCAGUCAACACCCUGGAUCCGCGACAACUUCUACAUAACCGAUCUCUCGCCCGCGCGUUGGCGGAUGUCGAGUUAUGGGACGACGACGCUGAUUGAUCGACGGCUGGAUAUUAAGCGUGUUUUUCGCGUUCCGUAUGCGGUUUCGUAUAUGCGGCGGGAUGGGUUGUUUGUUGAUAUCGGAUUGGAGUGGUCUUCGACUACUAGUACCAGUGCUACUGGUGGUGGAGGGGGAGAAGAGAGGAUACUCCGCCUGUGCAACACACACCUCGAAAGCCUCGCCUCGGGGACACCCAGACGUCCCGUGCAGAUGCAUCUCGCAUCGCGGUUCAUGCACGGGCUCGACGAGUCCGGUCUCCCCUCCCCGCACGCUGCGAUUUUAGCGGGCGACCUAAAUGCAUUCGCGCCGGAGGACUUGGCCCUCCCCGAGUCCUGCGGUCUGCGCGAUGCAUUCCUUGUCCUCGGCGGAGUGGAGGAGACGGAAGAGUCGUAUACGUGGGGCAAGCAGAAUACAGGGUGGUUGGUGGGGAGGUUUCCGGAUGCGAGGCUGGAUAAGGUGCUUUUUUGUGGGGGCGCUGAGGUGGAAAAGUUGGGGAGGAUUGGGGUUGGAGUUCGGGUGAGGGUUGGAGGGGAUGGUGAUGCUGAGAGUGAGGGUGGGGUGGGUAGUGGAGGGGAGUUUGAGGAUAAUGAGGAGGAGGAGGAAGAGGAGGAGGAUGUCUGGGUGACGGAUCAUUAUGGGCUGGAGGCUGAGUUUGUUAUUACGACGGUAACGCCGGACGCAGUUUCAGCGACAUGA